AUGAGCAAGAACAUGAGGGAAACACAAGAAAGGAGGUUCGUGGAGCUUAACCAAGGAGCCAAGGACUCCCAGGGACGCCUUACCGCCGCCAGUGAGCUGCCGAUUGCCGCCAACCGCCGCCAUUUCUCUCAAAACGCAGCUAAAACUGAGCACCAUGAGUUGAUUCGUUCUGUUGAGGCGGGUGUUGUUGUGUUUGCCAUUUCAGGCAUCAGUCUUUUCGCUAGAUUCCUGCUAGGGGGGGAAUGUGGGAGAAAACAAGCAGCCAACAAACCAGAAGUUCUAGGAGGACCCCACAGAGAGAGAAAUGGCUGCUCUUUUCACCAUCCUUUCAUCUUCUUCUCUUGCUCCCACGACCAGAGCUUCGAAGAUCUUCUAUGGAGGCCGCCACCAUCAGCAGUUUCUCAUUUUCCACAGUCCCAACCAAGCCUCCAGAAAUCCCCUCUCUCUGAGUGUCCGAGCCGCCAAGCUCUCCUCCGGGUGGAAGUGCCGAAAGUAGAGCCCAAGUUCCAGGCUCCAUUUCUCGGAUUCACAAGAACUGCCGAGAUUUGGAACUCCAGAGCUUGCAUGAUUGGCCUCAUCGGGACAUUCAUUGUCGAACUGAUAAUAAACAAAGGGAUUCUUCAGGUGAUUGGAGUGGAGGUGGGCAAGGGCCUCGAUCUUCCUCUCUGAGAGAUUUAGCUUCCUUCAUCGUAUUGGAAAUCUCCCUCUCUAGAGAAGUUUCACUUGCUGAACACCCGAUCAUAUUGACAUCACAACAAAAGAAGCAUCAGACUUCAAACCUAAGAAUCCGGCAGAUCCGAGAAUCUACAAUUGGCAAUUGGGAAGAGGACUCGGAACAAUCAAGCGCCUUGGAUAGUGACAUGCGACGAGUCCACCAGGCAGACUCUGCCCAGCUCUUCAGUCUCUCUCCCUCGCCCUUUCUAUUCUCCAGAAUGCAGAGGAUCUCUGCACACACACCUACAUUAGGGCAUGUAGCUUGUCAAUGGACAAAACCUAUUUAGAACUGCAUGCCAGCGUAUCCACAAAAGGUCCUAAUGCAUAUGUGACAAGUAGGAUACAAUGUUUCUCUAUAGGAAUGACAGAUAUGUUCUAACAAACUAUGAGACAAAUGCAAAGGUGGACUGCUAUAGCAA